UGACUUAACUCAAUAGGCUACUGCAAGAAUUUACUAACUUGCACCAAAAUAGCAAGAAAGCUUCUUGAAAUCAUUGAGAUGGAUGAAAUCCAAAAGUCUCUAGCCGCAAUCCAACUGGAGAUUGGCAAAAUUGCAACUCAACAAAGAGAGAUCCUGACGCUCACGAAACAGGUGUCCAAAUUUCAAUCUCAGGUUGAUAUCCUAGAAACUAAACUGAACACGUAUAAUGAUUCUAAUAAAGCUAAAGAUGAACAGAUUGAAUCGUUGCAGAGAAGACUGGAUGAUGCUGAGCAAUACUCGCAUGGAAGAUGUUGUUAUCACCGGCUUGAAAACUCACCACCGAUCCUAUGCCAGGGCCGUGGCUGUUAACACCGACGGGGCUUUAUCUUCCACCGAGACGGAUAUUCAGAAUUUGCAGGGUGUUGAAGCCGGGACCACGGUUGUUGUUGCUGAUGAUCCUCCAUCCACUGAAUCGGAGACCUUGGAGUCGCAGGUUAUCAGAUUCCUCGAAGGCCAGGACGUCUCCAUUCGCGGCCGGCAGAUCUCGGCCUGCCAUGCUCUCCCCCAGAUCUCGGCCUGCCAUGCUCUCCCCCAGAUCUCGGCCUGCCAUGCUCUCCCCCAGAAAAUCAAAACUACGUAUCCACCAGCAAUUAUUCUCCGCUUUGUAAACAGAAAGGAUAAAGCCAAACUGCAGGGGUUCAAGCUAAAAGGGUCAGGUGUCUACAUGAAUGAACACAUCACAAAGAAGAACGGCGACAUUGCAAAAGAGGCACGGUUUCUCAGAAAGGGUAACAAGAUCAAAGCGACCUGGACAAGGAACGGCAAAGUUCUCAUCCGUACCAAUGGAGCGACACUGGAGGAACAACGAGCCAUAGUUGUGAGGGAGAUUUCCGAACUGGAGGUUUGACCUAUCGCUCAUCCUCCGGACUGAUAGCUGAAUUUCAUCCGGUUGUUCCUAGGUACAGGUACAGACUUUACCAUGCUCUAUGGACAGUUUUACACACAGACCUACUAUAACAACAGGGAUGGCUAUCCCCUCUGACAUUCGUUUUAGCCCCUUUGAGCAGAACAUGGACAAUGAUGGUAUUUUGGAACAUGGACACUUUCUUUAAUCCGGACACCAAUCAGAUUAAUUUGAAGUCACUAAAAUCGUCAUGUAGGUAUUACUCUGAAUCCCAAUUGAAUAAGUUGUCUCUCUCUCUCUUCCUGAUAGGCCUAAUCCUAAUCAAAAUGCUUUUUCAAUUUUUCAUUUAAACAUUCGUAGCCUCCCCAGAAACUAUGAUGCUCUUAAGACCUUGAUGUCAACCUUGACCCAUUCUUUUUCUGUCAUGGAAUCUAUACCCACUCUCAGAUUACAAUGCAUUUCACUCCAUCAGAAAAGGCAGAAAAGGCAGAAGAGGCGGGGGUGUCUCACUGUAUUUUUCUAAGAACCACAACUUCAUCCCUAGAAAAGAUCUUGGUUCCAAUUUUGACUCUACAUUAACAGAAUCGACAUUUGUUGAAAUCCCAUGUUGUCAGCAAGUUAAUAGUAAAAGUAUUUUGUUUGGCAGUAUUUACAGACCACCUGUCUCAGAUAUCACUUGAUGCACUCAACUCCACUCUAGAUGCAAUAAACAAAGAAUGUAAA